AUGGGCAAAACAACUCGUAAACGAAAAACGCCGGUGACAACGACCCACCAAAACUCGUCUUCUAAGCCUGAGUCAACGCGUCAUGUAAUCCGAGCAUACCAUGGUCUGUUGAAGAAGCGAAUGGCUCUUCAAAAUCGUCCAUCUCGCGACCCUGAAGUGUUGGAAGACUUGGAACAGGUACAAGCUCAAAUAGACCAGCUCGGCGGCCUGGAAUCUUACCAACACAUGUCUGCUAUCGGCCAGGGUCACGAUAGAGGCGGUGGUAGCGAGAGGAUCGCCAUCGACUGGUUUAAAGAGGUAUUCAAGCCACCUCGCACCACGUCGUGUAGGUAUGACAUCUAUAGUCCUUUUCAAUCUCUGUUGAGCCCUUCAAGGCUUCUGGAGGUCGGAGCAUUGAAACCAGACAAUUAUCGGUCCUGCCGUAGUUGGAUGAAAACAACACCAAUAGAUUUGCACUCCAGACAUGCAGAUAUCUUGGAGCAAGAUUUUCUUACCAUGGAUGAAACCGAAAACUUGGGAAAAUGGGAUGCUAUUAGUCUCAGUCUGGUCCUCAACUUUGUCCCAGAAGCCCGCGAUCGUGGUCGCAUGCUCAGCUUGGCUCAUCGCUUUUUGGUCCCAGAAGGACUACUAUUUCUUGUCCUUCCCCUUCCCUGCGUUUCCAACUCUCGAUAUCUGACCAUCGACCACCUUCAAUUGCUCUUGAAUCUUGAUUCCCCGCGUCGAUCCAUAUUGUCUGCUGAACACACAAUGCAACUGAAAAUUCUGCAUUUCAACGACGUCUACCGUUGUGCACCGCAGAAACUCACUCCAGGAUCGCCGGAGACAAUUGACGUAACCCAGUUCGCUGCUCUUUUGGAUGGUCUACGAUCUCCCGAUAGUCUGGUGUUGUUUUCUGGAGAUGUCUUCUCGCCCUCCGUGGAGAGUUCAGUGACUAGGGGAAGCCAUAUGGUACCGGUCAUGAACGAACUCCGCCCAGCGGUGGCCCUAACCGAAAAAGGAAAUCACGAUUUCGACUUUGGCUACAUUCAUCUUGCGAAACUCGUCCAAGCUACCAACUUUCCCUGGCUCCUCAGCAACAUAAUCGACACGGAGACAUCUCGGGUUCCAGCUGGUUUAAACGAAUUUGUGGUCAUCGAGCGCCCACAACUCAGGAUUGGAAUCAUCGGGCUUGUUGAGAAAGAAUGGAUCGGGACCGUGGCCACUUGGCCAAGCAACUUCGAGUACAAAGACAUGAAAACUGUUGGACUAAAACUAUCAAAACGUCUGAGAGGCGAGCAGAACUGUGAUAUUGUCAUCGCACUGACCCAUUGCCGAGUCCCCAAUGACAUCGCUUUAGCCCGCGGACUGAACGCCCUAUCUCCAUCUGCUCAGAACGAGUCAUUCGCUUCUUUGCAGGGCGUUGAUCUCGUUCUCGGUGGCCACGACCAUCUAUACUACGCCAGUCGUGGCAUGUCUUCAUGGGUGGAUUAUGACCUUACCCAGGAAGUUCUCGGUGCAGAGGCUGACAACGGCGACGUUUUGGUGUGCAAAAGCGGAACAGAUUUCCGAGAUUUGAGCGAAAUAGAUCUCGAACUGGUCGAAACGCCGCCGGGUAGUGUGAGGAGGAAAUUAGUCCACACAAUCAGGGGCAAGAAGCAUUCAACAAAACCGGGCUCUGAUUCUUCCCCAAAGCUGAAAGAGAUUCUGGACACAGUGCUGUCCUCGGUUUCUUCUUCUCUAAAGUCGCCAGUUUGCAACACUGAUGUUGCGCUCGAUGUCCGCUCUCAGUACAUCCGAACUGAAGAGUCCGCGGUUUGCAAUUGGUUUGCUGACAUCAUUCGCCAUGUAUACGAUGACACCCUCACCAUGUCUGGUUGCGGAGGGUCCGACGCUGUUCUUGUUUGUGCUGGUACAUUCCGCGGCGAUUCGGUUUAUGGCCCUGGACCCGUCACUCUGGGUGACAUUCUAGAGAUUUUGCCUUUCGAGGAUCCCAUCGUCGUUAUAGAGCUUGAUGGAGCAUCACUGUGGGAUGCGCUGGAGAGCUCUUUAGCAACGUGGCCAGCACAAGAAGGACGAUUCCCAGUUGUUUCAGGUCUGAGGGUCUCAUGGGACUCGAGACGCAAACCGGGCGAAAGAGUGUUGGGGGUCUGGUUGACAAAAGAAGUCGAAGAUAGCCAUACCCAUGGUGAAAGUGGACACGACACUCCGCAAAUUAUCGACUCUAUGCCAAUUGAGAGAUCGAGCGGCCAGACUUUCAAGAUUGUGACCAGGGAAUAUAUGGCGGAGGGACACGAUGGCUUCGAGGCUUUGAAGCGAGGCAGGCACCUGAUCGACGACGAGAGUGGCCAAAUCAUGAGCACACUCGUCCGCAAAUAUCUGAUGGGUUCCCACUUCGUCAACAUUAUGUCGAAACUUGUAUCAUCAAGUCACGAAUUGGCGAAUUUGCAUCCUACGACCCAGUCGGUGAUCGAACGAGAACAAGCAAGAAAGUCUGCCUCUACGCGGUGGAAACACGCCGCGAAACUUGCUUUACAUUGGCACAAGUCUCAAGCGCAUUAUCAAGACCACCUUCGCGUCCCAAUCAUGGAGAGCAUGCAUGCAGUCGAUCCAUGUGAUGGAGAGAAAAUGCGUCGUGGCCAUGUUCAGAAUGAACCCGUUUCGGUUCAAGAUGAAGACCUUCUCAGAAUCAGUCCAGCAGUUGAUGGAAGGUUGAAAGACGAGAGCCAUUAA